UGACUCAUACAAAGCAAGAUGCGUUCCCUGUUCCUGAUCAGUUUCCUCUUCGGCUUGGCUUGGGCUCAGCCGGAAUUGCAGCUCUCACCCACAUCCCCGGCACCUGAUAACGAAACCGCCGAGGAGGCUGAGCAGUUCGAAGUGCCUGUUUUCUCACCUUUUAGCCUCCGCGAUGGUAGGUUCGCCUUCGGCGGCUUUGCCAAGGUGAACUGGUUCCAGGCCCAGGCCACCUGUGCCGCCUAUGGCUACACCCUGGUGAGCAUCACUUCGGAGCAGGACCAGCGCAGUCUGCGCAACUUCCUCUUCACCUUCGCCCGGUCCCAGCAGGAGCUGCUGGCUGAUCCCCUCUGGACCUCCGGCACGGACCUGGCCAGCAACAACAACUGGGUGUGGUUCAGCAAGGGUCGCUCCAUCAACUAUCGCAACUUCCAGAACGGACUGCCCGGCGACCAAAGUGGAGACAGCAACUGCCUGGGUAUCAACGGAAUGAACGGACUCUGGAUCAACGAGCACUGCUCGGAGCAGCGAUAUUUCAUUUGUGAGAAGCGUUGCCAGUUCGACGAUGACGUCUAUUAACCUAUAUGACCAAGUAAUUUUUGGUGUUGGUUAAUAAAUAAAUCAGCAAAAUAUGUGCAAUUAAAAAAAUAGAAA